CCGCGCCCCGUUAUCUUCCCUAUCAGUCCAUUAAGGGCACCCGGUGUUGGACUCUCGUGACAGGCGGCAACAGGAGGGGCGGACAUUUUUAUUGUAUCAUUAACAAUUAAGCAAUUAUGUUCCGAGAAUUUAUAUAUGUAGUAUCCAUAGCAACCGUUUUGGCGUCCCACGGGAAGGACACUUUGAUAUGUAACGGAGACCCGGUAUCAUCAGUGCCUAACAGGCCCCGUCCAAACAUAACGAACACUUUUUCUGCUCACAUUCAAUGUGUAAUCAUGAACAAAAACGAGACCACCGAUAUUCACGAGUGGUUUGAUGAGGCGUUGAGUGUGGGGCGUGUACGACAACUCGAUCAGGGUGUUCAACUCGAUGCAUGGUACAACUAUAAUACCAAUGAGUUCAUCGCAUACGUACCAGGAAGUGGUUGUGCAGUGCAACAGCUUAGUACGUCCAGCCAGCGCUUCCUGAUGGGAUACAAUCAGGCUAAUGGCGGGAAGAUUUUCUCAGCUGCGCAGUCGCUCCGAAUGACAGGCACAGGAAUCAACGAGGUGUACAUGGGCUUAAGUAACAUACGUGGAAUAGCGGUCGACGUGUGGCAGAGCUGUCAGUACUGGGCAAGCAUGGAUGCCACAAUGACGGUUAAAUGGUACUUCUCGGCGGCCAAUCCUGAGUGGGACACAGCUUUAGGGGUCGUGGUUCCUGUAGGAGCACGCGUCACGGGCUCCAUAUACGAUCCGGAUGGCACGCGCCGACUGUUUGACCACUGGUACGAAAUGUUUCAUUACAGACAAACAGUAGACAAUCCACAGGUUUUUGAGACCCCUGCGGGCCUUCAGUGUCCCGGAAGAAAAAAUGUGAAGAAUCUUCCCACAAUGCCACCGGCUUUCAGCUUUAUGUCUGAAUAUGUGGACAAGACGAGGAAAUUAGUAUCUUUUAUGAAGGAGUACUAUUCGUUUAUGGAGAAGCUGGUGAUGUACUACUACCGCCCCCUACCGUCAGACAACAGUCCAUUUGGCACCAGUGAUCUGAGAGAGAUUCACGACUUCAAUACAGGUGUAGCUUACAUAAUUGACACAAUGUACGGAAACUGUACUGCCCAGCCCAUACAGCAGACGUUCGAUACACGGUUUGUCGAUAAGAAUCACCUCAGAAUGAGAAAUGCCAAGGAAUUCUUCUACUUUGACGUCAUCAACUACACUUACGAGGGCGUGAAAACUGUCCGCAACAUUGACUGUGAUAGUUGGGUGGGAGUGAGAGCAAACUGGCCGACACCGGGAAUCAGUUCCAUCUGGCAGUGGUACUUCGCUACUAAUCAGUGGGUGGAAGUCAACACAGGAGCAGCACAGGGCGGUACCCCAGUUCAGCUCGUUAUUGACGCCCCAGCGAACGCCUAUCAUAACGAAUACAAUAUCUUCAAUUAUGACGUCCACACGCCAGAUGUUUUGAAAUUUGACAUCAGUCAAUGCUACGUCAACCGGAACAGACGAAAGUUCCAGCUGAGCUUCUUAGGUGAUUACAAGUCCGCUGUUGAUGGGAACUUGGAAAUUUUCAAAUACAACAUCCUGAAAAGUUUAGUGUCUACUCUCAGCGUGUCCGUCCUUAGAAUAGCCAAUCUGAACGUAUACUACACCCCCAAAGAUAUCAUCGUGACGUUUGAGAUUCUCGAUGUCGCUCCAGUGGUAGGAGACGUCAAUAGCAUCGUCAAAGAGACGCCGCUAUACGUCGCUGCUAACAUGCUGCAGACCAAGGUCCAGAACUCGCAGUUUGCCAUUGCCCUGGACAGAAAAGCCUUCCCGAACAUCCCUGCCAUGGUACCUCUAAAACAGUCUUUCACAGAAACAACGUAUUUAAACAACAAAAACCAGACUGCAGCCUCUCAGACUGGAUAUGGACCAGGUGCCAUGGCUGCCGUUGGCGUUACACUUCCAUUAGUGGGUGGGGCUCUUGGUGGAGUAUUUGCCUAUUUCUUCUUCAAGUAAACAUCUCAGGCAAAUUCACAUCAAUACAAGAAAAGAUGUUGGAUAACUAUAGAAACCAGUACGGACGCAAUUGGAAGGAAAUGAAGGCACCAGUUUCACUGUGAUACCAUACAUGAUAUCCAUUAACAUCCUGUCAUAAACUCAACACAACAAUUCUUAAUUUUAUUUUACAUGUAUAUACUUAUUUUCAUAUUUUAAUAGAUACGCAAUGCAUAUUUAUGUAUAUUAAAACAUAUUAUAAAUAUA